AUGAAUUAAUAAAGUGUGUUCAAUUCAAAAUUACAAUAAGCUUUAGAUUGUCUUAUUGAUGAUGCUCUCAAACCAUUUGAUCCCUAUAGAUUUGUGACAAUUAUGGAAACAAAGUAAAUAUAAUAAGGAAGUGCUGAAUAACAAAAUAAAGCAAGCAAAGAAAUUCCUCAUGAAUUGAAAAGUUAAAAAACUCGUGAAACUUUAUACUUAUUAUAGAGUAAGUUAAAAUAAGAAUUACAAGUAUUAUGAUUGCUUUAUUCAAUAAGGAAAGAUUUUCAAACAUAACUUCUAAAACAAAUAUUCCAACUGUUCUUGAACAAUUUGAGGAGUAAUAUUAUUAAAGACAGUGUCUAAGAAACCUCGAUAUUUAUUAGGACUAGAGAGAAUUCUUAAUUUGUUCUUAGAAUUAUGAUGAAGACAAUCUUAUAAAUUCACUAAUUAAUGAAGCAAUUUUUGAUUCAAUAUAAUAAAAUAUAUGA